AUGCAUCUACGGACCAAAUCUGCAUAUCAAUCUGUUAUUCAAGAUGCAGUGGGUUCUGACAAUACUGCCGUUACUCUAGUUGGACUUGCACAACCUGAUGAAGAUGAUUAUGGAUAUGUUUCACAAGAAGCAUCUGUUUUUUAUAAUAAAAUGAUGGAAAAGUAUAGUAAGAUGCCAGACAAGACACCAAAGUUCUUGUUAGAAAAAAAGAAAGUUAAUACCAAUCUGAGCUCAACUAAAGAUAGAGUUCAAGCUGCUUUAGAAAAGGAGAAAGAAGAAGCAAUGAUGCCUCAUAGGAGGAAACGCAAACAUAAGAAUCCAGAAGACAUCUCAUCUCCAGAUGACAACUUCCCGUCUACCCCAUCGAGAAUGGCUGAUGAGAGACCUGAUGCUAAGAAACCAAAGAUUGAUAAACCUAAAAUGCCUCCACCGAUGAAUUUCAAUGACAUUCCUGAACGAUAUUGGAAACUUUUUCAUCUUUUCAAAUAUCUGGAAUAUCCUGAACCAGAAAUUAGGAAAAAAAUUGAUUGGGGUCCUAAACAUCCAUCAGCUGGAAAAAUGAAUAUCAUAACAAAGGCCCCAGUUGACACUAAAAAACCAGUCCCAAGUGCCUCCAAUAAUCCCAUGAAAGAUUCGGGAAAAUCUGUAUCAAAUUAUACAGAAAAAUCUACAAAAAUUGCCACCAAAAGCAAUAAUGGAACUAAGAAUAGCUUGCCUUCAAAGGACAUUAAAAGGCAUCCUAAAGAAAUCAGUGUGAACAGCAGAGGCCCCUCUGACAAAAAAAUGUUAGAUAAGAUUAAGGAGAAAGAAAUGCUACAAAGAGAAUUGUCUAAACCAAAACAGUUCCCACCAAAUGAUCUAAGACCAAAACAAUUUCCUCCAGCUGAUGUGAGGAGAAAACCCAUGUCUAAUAAAAUGCAAAUGCAAAUGAAAAAACGAAGAAUGAUCGAUGAUGAUGAUGAUGAAGAUUAUGAUUCUGAAAUGGAUGACUUCAUUGAUGAUGGUCCCGAAGAAGAAGAGGAUUACUCUAAAUAUAUCAGAGAAAUAUUUGGUUAUAACAAGUCAAAAUAUGUGGAAGUCGAUGAAGAAGAUGAUGAUAUUAUGGAGUCCUCAUUUUCACAGCAGAUGAAAGAAGAGCAAAUCAGUACAAAAUUGGGUAUAAUGGAAGAUCUUGAAGAUAUGAGACUAGAGGAAGAGCACAAACGAAGAAAAGCAUUGAUGAAGAAAAAAUUCGGUAGCUAAAAGUGAGAUCGCACGCAGUGACCAAGAUGCAUCUAGUGUUUUAGUCAUUGCAUUUAUAUUACACUAAAAUUCAAUAUAAAUUCAAUGGAAAUUUAGUCAACUACUUUGAAACACAUUGAAAAAGUUGGAGGGAAUUCUUUGCAAAGUUCAUAUUAAUGUAUAUAUAUAUAUAUAUAUAUAUACUUAUAUUUAUUGUAGAUAUCAACACAUGCUGUAUAUUGUAAAUAAAAUUUUAAAAAUUUUACUGCAUAAA